UCUUGGUAGUUGGGACGUGCAAGAUGCUUUGGAGAGGCUACUGAAUGAGGAUCGUGUAUUCAAGGCGGGAGGAGGUCGAUGGGCUGUUUGCAGCUGAUGCGUGUAUAGUUGACGGUACGCUGGAUAUGAGGUCAUCUGGAACGUAUUCGAUAUAUUUUUAUUACGAGCUCCAACGACCACCCUCGUGGAAGGCUGACGAUCACUGGCAGCUUUAGUAUGACACUCAGAUUCCUUGCAGGAGACACGCGUGUCGAGGAGACUGUCUAACCAAGAUCAUUGUUGAUUCUUGUUGAUUUGAUCAAAGUGGGCUUUGCUCUUGGCGACAGAGAGGCGCGUACCUGCGUUGAUCACCGUUACGUGGAGUUUAGAAAUUUAAACUCCGGUCCGCUGAUACGGCGAGAAUGAAAUUACAUAAUGUCGAACGACUCACAGAAAGUCGUACUUUUUUCUCUUCUUCUCUUUCGCAGGUUCAUAAGGAUCCGCCACUAGCACUUUCCCUCGUCCUCCCCCCUUCUCCCCUCCCUCUCCCAUUCUAUCAUCUCUUGGAUAUCAUUUAGAAUAUUAACCUACCAUGCCAAGCAAGGUUCUCGCUGAUGGCCGCGUCGAGAAGCGCGUCGAAAACUAUACUGCCUUCUGGCAAAAGGACAUGUCCAAGGAGGCUGGUGUGGACAAGGAAAACCGUCUAGAAUCCUAUGCCGAUGUCGUUAACGGUUAUUACGAUGGUGCAACAGACUUGUACGAAUACGGCUGGUCACAGUCUUUCCACUUCUCGCGGUUCUACAAGGGCGAAGCCUUCGCUGCGUCACUUGCCCGACACGAGCAUUACCUUUCUGCGCAAAUGGGUUUGAAGCCCGGGAUGCGUGUAUUGGACGUAGGGUGUGGUGUUGGUGGGCCAGCGAGGGAGAUUGCGCGUUUUUCGGACGUACACAUCGUCGGGAUAAAUAACAAUGAGUUCCAGGUCCAACGUGCAAGGAAGUACACUGCUCGUGCAGGUCUCUCAGAUCAAGUCACGUUUCAGAAGGGCGACUUCAUGAAGCUUGCGGAGCAGUUUGGGGAGAAUAGCUUCGAUGCUGUGUAUGCGAUUGAGGCUACUGUGCACGCACCGUCGUGGGAAGGUGUCUAUAGCGAGAUUAAGCGCGUUCUUAAGCCUGGAGGAGUGUUUGGUGUAUACGAGUGGUGUAUGACGGACCGGUGGAAUCCUGAAAUCCCCGAACACAAGAAACUCGCACAUCAGAUCGAGAUAGGGAACGGUAUCCCGGAGAUGCGUCCACUCUCACAAGCGCGCGCUGCACUCCAAAACGUUGGAUUCGUCAUCGAGCACGAAGAGGACCUUGCAGAGCGUCCUGACGCCGUACCCUGGUAUUAUCCUCUUGAAGGCGAUAUUCGCAAAGCCCAGACGUUCUGGGAUUAUAUUACCGUUUGGCGAAUGAGCUGGAGUGGACAACUUGUUUCACAUAAUGUUAUUCGAAUGUUGGAGAUUUUGGGUGUUAUGCCGAAGGGGACGUUUGAUGUUAGUGAGACUUUGAAGGUUGCCGCUGAGGCGCUCGUUAAGGGUGGUCAGACCAAGCUCUUUACCCCGAUGUACCUCGUCAUCAGCAGAAAACCGACGGAAGAAUAAAUGCAACAAAAUUACGUUCACAUCCAUUCAUUCUCUCAAUCUAUCUACCUAUCUGCUAGGAUUAUCUUUCUUUGAUUUUUCAUCUUCCAUUUCGCUUGCUGCUUGCAUUAUCUCUUAAAUCUUUAGUAUACCUUGCAACUUGCUUUGCUUUUUUGUACUUACGGAACUAAUUCUUGGUUUUAUGGAAAAUCUUAGAUUGCAUUGCUAUGCUGUGUUAUGUC